AUGCGCUCAUCCUUCCUCAUUCUGGCCAUCGCGGUGAAUUUCCUGGCUGCCAGUGAUGCGUCGUCGAUGACCACAGACUCCAGCUACGUCACCGAAGCUGGUUCGUCUACCAGCCGGAGUCAACGCCAGCUGAGAGCUCACCACUUGGCCGUUGAAAACAGCGGAGAUGAGGAAAGAAGUCUGAGCAAGAAAACAAUGAUGGACAUGAUGACGAACUUAACCACCAAGGAGAAGCUUGCCAGUGAUCUGCGUAUUGCAGAUAAGAUCGACGAUUUUACCAGACACAACAAGCCAGGCAUGAAUGAGUUCAUGCGUACCCCCGAGUACGUCAAGUACAUUGGAUACGUCAACUUCUUGAAUGAUAUGGCGAAGAAGAAAGAGUACGCACAAACCGUCCGGCGGAUCAAAAACCAGAGCUAG